CUGGUCAAAAUGUAUUUCACCAGUGGGUUCCCACCAUCAGUAGGCAGUAGGACCAGUAACUGUACCAAUCCUUACAUUACUGAUCGGGGGAUAAAUACGGCUGCUAUAAAAAUAGCUGCCGUGAUCACCUGCGUUACAUAAUGAAGCAGCCGAGAAGCCGAGCGGCUGUAGAAGAGCCGGGGCUCCUGCCACAGUGAGGAGGCGUCAGUCUUUGAGGAGCGGGGAUUUAUUUCUUCUUCAUGUUCUGUUAUAAUUAUUCGGACGUCGUCACUGGAGAUCGUGUGACUUUGACCCUCCGGACUGUUCUGUAUUCUUUACAACUUUCCAGAUCAAGUCCAGAGGCAGCGACGGUGUCUCCGUCCCAAAAGUCAGAUUUCCGUUCUGUGGACUUUCGUCUUUCUGUUGCAUUUUUAUUUUCCCGAUUUUUGCAGCCUGGAAAGGAUGGAUGCGAGGAGACACGGAGGCUCCUCGCUCGCCUCUAACCUGCAACCUUUCCCUCGUUUCCUUCUCGCCCUGCCUUCAGUGCUCCCUCGUUCAAACAACCUGUGUGACAUUCUCACCAUGGAUUAGUGCUGCUUUCAUCUCGCUCUAAUUAUUUUCACAACUUUUUUUUUUUAAUCCAAACUGGUCGCAACUCAUGGCAGUCUGCCCACACAUGCGUUUCCUACUAUGACUUCCUUCUCAGUAAGUCAUCCAGCCGUAAACCCUGUGGAUAGGAAUUCUCAUCAACCUCAUUAUCAUCAUCAGUACAGUUGUUGUAACAGUUCGUUUUGCUGAAGAGUUCAGAGUCUUGGCAGAGUUGCAGUCUAAAUCUCGUUGCCUCUCAUGGGAUUAAGGCAUUCGUCGCGUUGUUUGCUGCUACGGCGGAAGAUGGCGGAGGCGGACAGCUCAGAGCAGCGACAACAGCCGGUCUCAUCCUCCCUCUCUCAGUCUGCCCAGCCUUCCUCUCUGCCAAAGCCGGUGCCUACGACCCACCAUGUGCCCUGCGUCCCUCAUGUCCCUCAUGUCCCUCAUGCGCCUCAUGUAGCAGCCAUGUCCACCUGUCCUGGCAGAGGGAAGAUCGCCAAGUUCCUCAGCCCGGAGGAAAUGACAUCACGGGACUACUACUUUGACUCCUAUGCCCACUUUGGCAUCCACGAGGAGAUGUUGAAAGACGAGGUGCGGACGCUGACCUAUCGUAACGCCAUGUACCACAACAAACACGUCUUCAAGGAUAAAAUAGUCCUGGAUGUCGGCAGUGGAACCGGGAUCUUGUCCAUGUUUGCCGCCAACGCUGGGGCCAAGCACGUGUACGGGAUAGAAUGUUCAAGUAUAUCAGAGUAUUCCGAGAAGAUCAUCAAGUCCAAUCACCUACACAAUGUCAUUACGAUCUUCAAGGGCAAGGUGGAGGAGGUGGAGCUCCCUGUGGAGAAGGUGGACAUCAUCAUCUCAGAGUGGAUGGGCUACUGCCUCUUCUACGAGUCCAUGCUCAACACCGUCAUUUUCGCCCGGGAUAAAUGGCUGAAACCUGGCGGCCUGAUGUUUCCCGACAGAGCCGCCCUUUAUGUCGUGGCCAUUGAAGACAGGCAGUACAAGGACUUCAAGAUCCACUGGUGGGAAAACGUGUACGGCUUCGACAUGAGCUGCAUCCGCAACGUGGCCAUCAAGGAACCUCUGGUGGACGUGGUGGAUCCCAAACAGGUGGUGACCAACACCUGCCUCCUGAAGGAAGUGGACAUCUACACGGUAAAGCCGGAGGACCUGUCUUUCACGUCAGCCUUCUGUCUGCAGAUUCAACGCAACGAUUACGUCCACGCCUUGGUCACGUACUUCAACAUCGAGUUCACCAAGUGCCACAAGAAGACCGGAUUUUCAACCGCUCCAGAUGGUCCCAGUACUCACUGGAAGCAGACGGUGUUCUACCUGGAGGACUACUUAACGGUCAAGAAAGGAGAGGAGAUCUACGGCAGUGUCACCGUCAGGCCCAACGAGAAGAACGUGCGCGACCUGGAGUUCACCCUGGAGCUGGACUUUAAGGGACAACUGUGUGAGGCUCAGAUUUCUCACGACUACAAAAUGCGUUAGGAACCGUGUCCCUGCUGUGCUCUGGUGAGAACUUUCCUUCAGCCUCUCCAGUCUGAUGACCCUUCUGGAGACGGGGGAAGACACCAGCUCUCCAUCCAGUGUCCCUGUUGGCUAGUGAGGGUAAACCGCCGCAUCUGAUUGGAUGCCUUAAAC